GCGACCGCCUAUUUUACCAAAUAAGGUCGGGCUACCCAUACACGGGGAACAAUCGAGCGAAGUGUACCCUUUCCCUUCCUUAUCCCGUUUAUAUGGUACUGUGACUUCCGCCGUUGCUGUAAGAGCAGUGCGAUCAUGGCGGAGCGCGUUCAGCAGCCCCCAGCUAAACGGCUCUGCUGCCGACCCGGCUAUAACCCGACGUGCAGACAGGGACAGCGGGCCGGAGGAACAGCAUGCGGUGGUCCGGGGACUGCCCAGGGGGGAUCGGGCAAAACCCAGAGCCCGGAGUCGCUGCUGGACAUCGCGGCAAGGAAGGUAGCCGAGAAGUGGCCGUUUCAGAGGGUGGAGGAGCGUUUCGAAAGGAUCCCGGAGCCCGUCCAAAGGAGGAUCGUCUACUGGUCUUUCCCCAGGAGCGAACGGGAGAUCUGCAUGUAUUCUUCCUUCAACACAGGCGGAGAGGAGAGUGGGGCCGCCACGGAAAACAGCGACGAGACGCGGCUGCCUUUCCGACGAGGCAUCGCUUUGCUGGAGAGCGGCUGCGUAGACAACGUAUUGCAAGUCGGGUUUCACCUCAGCGGGACGGUAACGGAGGCAGCCACGCCCUCGGAGCCCGAGAUCGUGUGCAACGUGGCCAUCAGCUUCGACCGCUGCAAGAUCACCUCGGUCACCUGCGGCUGCGGAAACAAGGACAUAUUUUACUGCGCCCACGUGGUGGCCCUGUCCCUCUACCGCAUACGCAAACCCGACCAGGUCAAGCUCCACCUGCCCAUUUCAGAGACGCUCUUCCAGAUGAACAGAGACCAGCUGCAGAAGUUUGUUCAGUAUUUAAUCACAGUGCACCACACGGAAGUCCUGCCCACUGCCCAGAAACUGGCUGACGAGAUCCUCUCCCAGAACUCCCAGAUCAAUCAAGUACACGGCGCACCGGACCCCACGGCAGGGGCCAGUAUAGACGAUGAGAACUGCUGGCACCUGGACGAGGAGCAGGUGCAGGAGCAGGUGAAGCUCUUCCUCUCACAGGGCGGUUACCACGGCUCCGGCAAGCAGCUCAACCUCCUCUUCGCCAAGGUGAGGGAGAUGCUGAAGAUGAGGGACUCUAACGGGGCGCGCAUGCUCACGCUCAUCACCGAGCAGUUCAUGGCCGACCCCCGCCUGUCGCUAUGGAGACAGCAGGGCACCACCAUGACCGACAAGUACAGGCAGCUGUGGGACGAGCUGGGCGCUCUGUGGAUGUGCAUCGUGCUGAACCCGCACUGUAAGCCGGAGCAGAAGCUGGCCUGGCUCAGACAGCUCAACAAGUGGAACAGCGUGGACGUGUGUCCCUGGGAGGACGGUAACCACGGAAACGAGCUGCCCAAUUUAACCAACGCCUUGCCUCAGGGUGCGCACGCUAACCAAGAUUUGGCCAACAGGCCCCACCGGACGGUCUUCACGCGGGCCAUCGAAGCCUGCGACCUCCACUGGCAGGACAGCCACUUGCAGCACAUCAUCAGCAGCGACCUCUACACCAACUACUGUUACCACGACAACACUGAAAACUCGCUCUUCGACUCGCGUGGGCGGCCCCUGUGGCAUGAGCACGUGCCCACGGCCUGCGCCCGGGUGGACGCGCUGCGGUCCCACGGCUACCCCCGCGAGGCGCUGUGGCUCGCCAUCUCCAUCGUCAGCACCCUGCGGAGGCAGCAGCAGAAGCAGCUGGAGCUCUUCCGCGCCCACAAGAAAGAGCUGCUCCUGAAAGGCGUGACCUCCAUCACAAACCUGGAGGGGUGGGUGGGGCACCCCCUGGACCCCAUCGGCACCCUGUUCAGCACGCUGACGGAGAGGGGCGAGGAUGAGGGCUCGUCGGGGGUCCUGGAUUUCUCAGACGGCGGCGGUCAGGCGAAGCUCCUGGACCCUCAGCGGUUCCCGGCGGCCCUGCGGUUCCUGGAGGAGGGGGAGACGUGCCUGUCCCUGGCGGUGGAGAUGGCCCUGGUGGGGCUGGGGCAGCAGCGCGUCAUGCCCGACGGGCUCUACGCCCAGGAGAAGGUGUGCCGCAACGAGGAGCAGCUCAUCGCCAAGCUGCUGGAGGUGGACCUCAACGACGCGCUGGUCAAGAUAUUCCGCAAGCAAGCGGUCUUCCUGUUAGAAGGUGGUCCAUACAGUGGUCUUGGGGAGCUUGUGUACAGAGAGAGCGUUCCCAUGCACACCUUCGCCAAGUAUCUCUUCACCUCCCUCCUACCUCACGAUGCUGAACUGGCGUAUAAAAUUGCACUGAGAGCCAUGCGGUUACCAGUGUUGGAGUCCACAGCUCCCACAGGCGACAUGUCCCGGCCUCACCACAUAGUGUCCGUGGUUCCCAACCGCUACCCGCGCUGGUUCACCCUCAGCCACAUCGAGUCACAGCAGUGCGAGCUGGCCUCCACCAUGCUCACCGCAGCCAAAGGUGACGGUCGACGGCUUGAAACAGUAUUAGAGUCCAUCCAAAAAAACAUCCACUCCUCAUCGCACAUCUUCAAGCUGGCCCAGGAUGCCUUUAAGAUCGCCACGCUCAUGGACAGUCUGCCCGACAUCACUCUGCUCAAAGUCUCGCUGGAGCUGGGUCUUCAGGUUAUGAGAAUGACACUCUCCACGCUAAACUGGCGCAGGCGAGAGAUGGUGCGAUGGCUAGUCACAUGUGCCACUGAAGUGGGGGUCUUUGCGCUGGACAGCAUCAUGCAGAGCUGGUUCACUCUCUUCACCCCCACUGAGGCGACCAGCAUCGUGGCCACCACCGUGAUGUCCAACAGCACCAUCGUGAGGCUGCACCUGGACUGCCACCAGCAGGAGAACCUGGCGGGCAGCGCGCGGACGCUGGCCCUCCAGUGCGCCAUGAAGGACCCGCAGAACUGCGCCCUGUCGGCGCUCACGCUCUGCGAGAAGGACCACAUCGCCUUCGAGACGGCCUACCAGAUCGUGCUGGACGCCGCCUCCACGGGCAUGAGCUACACCCAGCUCUUCACCAUCGCCCGCUACAUGGAGCACCGCGGCUACCCUAUGCGGGCCUACAAGCUGGCCACUCUGGCCAUGACCCACCUCAACCUGAGCUACAACCAGGACACGCACCCCGCCAUCAACGACGUGCUGUGGGCGUGCGCGCUCAGCCACUCGCUGGGCAAGAACGAGCUGGCCGCCAUCAUCCCCCUGGUGGUGAAGAGCGUGAAGUGCGCCACUGUGCUGUCGGACAUCUUGCGGCGGUGCACGCUCACCACGCCGGGCAUGGUGGCCUUGCACGGGCGCAGGAACUCUGGGAAAUUAAUGUCGCUGGACAAGGCCCCGCUAAGGCAGCUGUUGGACGCUACGAUCGGCGCCUACAUCAACACCACGCACUCCAGGCUGACGCACAUCAGCCCGCGGCACUAUAGCGAGUUCAUCGAGUUCCUGGGCAAGGCCAGAGAGACGUUCCUCAUGGCCCACGACGGCCAUAUCCAGUUCAGACAGUUCAUCGACAACCUAAAACAGAUUUACAAAGGCAAAAAGAAACUCAUGAUGCUGGUCCGUGAACGGUUCGGGUAACCGGUGUUCUGCCCCCCCUUUUUACUUGAGCCUGCCUUUGUACCCUUUUUUACAUUAAAAUGACAAAAAAAAGGAUGAAAAAAAAAAACAUAAAAUAAAACGACAAAAAACACUAACAAGAGCCACACCGGUAUUAAUGUGUGCAGAACUAUUUAGUUCGCAAAAAAAGAGAAAAUUGUCAUGUUGUGAAAGUUUGUGUGUUUUUCUUUUUAUUUGUAUGAGUGAGAGAGAAAGCGAGAGAGAGAGAAUGAGAAUGAGAGAGAGAGAGGCAAAAGAGAAAAACAAAAUGUUUUGGUUUACACUGAGUAUAUGUUGUCCAGUGGCGAAAGUCCACAUAGCUCUCCUGUUACUUCUCUAAGCAUUCACAGCCUCAAAGAAAUAUGGCUUUAAACCAAACAAAGCACCUCCAUCCUAAGUGACAAGUACCUCGUAUGGAUCCAGCUUUACUCCUUUGUAAUCCAUUCUCACAUUUCAGUGUAGUUAAAAAAAAAAAAAAAAUGCAAAAGGAUACAAACAAAAAAAAAAAAAAAUCCAGAUUUUACUUUGAAAAAAACAAAAAAAACAAAACAAGAAAAACAAGAGAUCUCCAACUCCUGGCUGAUCACAUGGCUUCGCAGUGCUGUAUGUCAACAACCACAACAGGAAACAAGAGAAGCGUGACAACACAGCGCUCACUCGUGUGGAAACUUAGCAACUGUCAACAUCCAUUCUCAGGGAUUUCUCAAGAAAAAAAAAGAAAGGAAAAAGGAAGUAUGAGAGCAUUUAUUGUACUGUAUAUAUGAUAGUAUAUGUCUGAAUAUUGAAAAAAAAAGUAUACGUUAACUAAUUUAUAAAGAAUAUUCUAUGUAAUGCAAAAUACUUGAAGCUACAGUAGCUUGGUUUUAAACAGAAACAUAUCAGAAGGACUCCGUGGACCUUGCACCAGGGGCUGGCUCAGGUGGUUAACUUAUACGCUGGGCAUCUAUGCAGAGCCACCUCUUCAACUGCAUGAUUGGACUGGUAUAUAUUUAAACAAAUAAAUGGGUAUAUUUUGUAUCUGCGUACAAAAUAUAUUUCUGUUGUACACACACUUGUAAAGGGCGUCAUAGCAGAGCAGCGAGCCUUAGCAUAACCAUGCCAGGAUGCAGGGCUGUGGGCAGAGCGCCUCCCAGCCUAGAAGUGUAGAUCCCACAUAAACAGGCUAAACAGAGUCAACUUUUUUCCUUUUUAGAAAAAAAAAGAAAAAGCUAAUCAACGUUAAUCCGAAACUACAGAAUAUAUUUGGCUUGACCACAUUUGCGUCUAUUUCCACAGUGAACAAAAAUAAAAUAGGUAUUUGGAAGCUCCGUUUAUGCACAAUAACAGACACAAUGAUUCUGCAGACAUAUUGACUUUGUGCAGGACAGAAAGUUGCUGUGUAGGUCUGACUGUUCUAAUUUUAUUUAAUUUUUUUACGCAUUUUCCUCUUUUUGUUUUUUUUUUCUCUUUUUUUUUUUUCUCUAGAAUUCCUCAAACAAGAACAGCCUUCUUUCUUGCCUUGUCUUAACGCUUUAAAAUAACCAAACUGGAGUUCUAACAACCAAACUUGUUCAUUAAAUGAAAAGCCAACCAACUUUGGUUACAACUUUAGUGUCUUUAAUUUUAGCUGAAUGGUUCUGUAUCUUGUGCUUUAAAAAGCAGUUUUCUUAUGUUUUUUGGUGCAAAACGUUGUCUAGUGUCUCUUGUUCUCUUCCUUAGAGGUAUGUCUGUAGCUCUUUUUGUUUAGAAACAGAAAUAUCAUGUUUCUCAGUUUUAUUUAUUAUAAUAGGUAAGCGAUUGUUCUUCAUCACCUGUGUCAACAUGCUCAUGAAGUUGAAAUUAAGAUUUGAUACACCGAUAUCAAUUUAUUUAUGUAACUAAAUCACUGUUUUAUAAACUUGUUAAUGAUUCAACAUUUUUUUGUUUUAAUUAAAAUUAGUUUUUUGAGAGGUAAAA